AUGCGUACAUCCUUGUUUCUACUUUUGGUUGUUGCCAUUUCUACAGUCUUGUGUACUGUUUCUGCUGCCGAGAGUGAUAAUGAAGCAGCCCCUCGCCGCAGAAUUUCAGCUAAUCCUGAUGAAUUAAUUGGAAAGCAAGAUUCUUCUGAAAAUGUCAACGUUGAUAAACAUUUUGUUGUCGACAAGGAGUCUGAUGAUAGUCCUUUCAUCAAGGUGUCUGAAAGCAAAGAACAAGUUGAAGAUGAUUCUGCAUUUGUUCCAAUUUGA